AUGCAGUUCGGCGUGCGGAAUGUCUGCUACCUGCGGAUAUCCGCGCAUACGAUCCUCACGACGGUGCUGUACCUCGACCAGCGGCAUGUGCGCUGGCUCAACGAGAACCCCGAGCUGUGGCAGCGUGCGGUGACCGAGCUGCUCCGGCCUCGCAUGCGCACCCUCCUUGCCCACCCCCUCCCCGGCGCCGACAGGGCCGAGCUCUGCGAGGCAGAUACCUUUAAGCUGCUGUUCUACUUUCAAGAGAUGGAUCAUACGCACGGCGUAUUGCUCAAGUCGAAAUCGCUGCAGUUUCCAGGGCGUGCCGUGCCGCUCGACGAGGCGGAUGCGCCGUCGAACGCGGCCGUCCCACCGCGCUCCGAUGCGAAUCCCAUCGUAGUCAAGGAGGAGCCGCUCGACGACGGCGCGCCGCUCUUUAUCCCAGAAAGCGACGAGGAGCACGAGGAGCACGAGGAGCACGAGGAGCCCUCGUCGGAUGAGGACGUGAAAAUCAAGCCCAAGGUCAAGGUAUCCUAUGCGGGCUUUACCAUCUUUGGAAAAGAGUUCGUGUGCGUGCUUGAGCCGACGGCGGCGGUGCUCGCCGCCGACCCCGCCCUCUUUCACGUCGAGGACGAUGGGACGUCCGGCGAGGAGCGCCGCCAGCUGCAGUCGCGCGCGCGGGUCGUGUGGGACGCGCCCGCGGCGGGGCCUGCGCGUUCCCAGCGGCAGUACGGGCGCGAGGAGCGGCGCGAAGAUACGCCGCUCUUUCGUGGUAUGACGCCUGCCGACGAACUGUAA